CUCGACUCCAAAGCACUGGUGAAAGAAAGGGGAUGCCAUUUUGCCCACCCCUGGACAAUCCGGCCAGGUAAUCAACAGUCCUGAUUAUUUUGCCAGCCUUGCUGCUGUCUUGUAGUGUACAUCCAGUUUUGUGAAUCACGCAAUCAGUUUGGUGCACACCUCUCAGGACCAACCCCCAUCUUCCGAAACAGAUACUCAGGCUGAGCCCCUGAUCUCCUACCCCGGAUCUCGCAUGUGUUUGUCGCCCACACUCGUCCACGGGACUUGAUCUGCGUCUAGAAGGCAAAAUGGCUGAACUCGACGCGGCCGCCGAGUCCAACAAAGAUGGUCCAUCCCCAUCAUCGCCGGCUGCGAACCUGCAAACAAGCAACCUGCCCGCUGAAGCGGCCGCAACAACCGAAUCCGCAACCCCGGAAACAUCACCGGCACAACCUGGCGUCAAACCGACUACCGAAGCUGCAUCCACAACACAAUCCACUGCCACGAUGGCCGUCGAGGUCCCCGAACUCGACGAUUUCGGCCUCCCCGUGAGGCAAUACACGAACCCGAUCCCGAUCUCGACCCCGACUCCUAUGGGAGAGCGGUUUAGAAGAAUAAGCGGCGCGUCUCCGGCAAGUCAGACCUCGAGUCGGAAGUUGAGCAUAAGUGGGGUCAGGAAGGUCAGCGGCCAUAAGGGCGAGCCGGAGGCUCCGGACACAGCGACGAAAGCAAGGGCUGGCAGUGUUGUUCGCACAGAUGCGGAUCGCGAUAACAGAUUCAAUGAUACCGUGUCUAGCCCAGCGUCAGGCCCUGCUUCCCCUAUUCAGACAGGGGAGGGGCAUGAGUUGGGGACGCCCACGCCGGCUGGAGCAACAUUACGAGAGGUUGCGGAGGGCGGCGCCGGGAGCGUGGAGAAGGAACACACAUCGAAUCAAACCUCGGAGCAGACCGAGUCACAGACGGACACAGGAAUGACGGAGGAUGGCAAAUCUGACUCUGGAGGGGCGGGCGAGGACAAGCUGCCGGAGAAGAUCGAGGACAAGGCCAUCUCCGAGACCAAGAAAGAUCCGAUGGCGGCGGGUCGUGGUCGGGGGGAUAGCAGCGCCGCCGGCCUCGGGGUCGGCGUGUCCGAGUUCUCGCACCAGGUCAUCAUCCAGGAGCCCAAGAAGGAAGACGAGCGGAGUGAAGAAUGGCAGUGCAUGCCAGCGUAUGCGUCAUACGACAUGUACGACGACGACAACCGGCUGAUUGCGAAGGAGCACCACGAGACUGCCGACGACAAGUAUGGCUAUUCGGGUCUGGGCGGUGCCGGAAAGGGGUACACGAGGGUCCUCCUUGACGACGACGCCGAGUCGGCCACCAGUAUGGACGAGAACACGCAGUACCUGUUCAAGGAUGCCGCCCAGACCACAAGCAUCACGGAGGACGAUGAGGCGCAGCGCGACGCAGUCAGCCAGCUGCAGGCGACCAAGAACCUACUCACCGAGGGCCAGAGGAUAGCGUACGUAGGCUUGACCAGGCUGGAGCUCUCUUCCAUGGUCAAGGAAAUCGAAGGCAUUCAGGUCAGCAGAAGAGUCAAAAAGGAGGUCCAGACCGCUAUCCAGAGCAUGCAGAUGUGGAGCCAGAAGAUGAUGAUCCGCCUCUACACCCACAUGGAUAUCAGUCCUGCCGAACAGAUCAUGAUCGAGCAGCUGAACGAUCACGGCGUCAUGCCCAAGGAUCUGACCCCCUUGCUCAUGGCCAACGCCCGCGUCAAGAACCCGAUGGCCGAGGCGGAGCGCGAUUCCAAGAGGAGUUCGGUAUGCGACGAGAAGAGCUCCCGACCGUCCUCGGUAGUAGCGUCUCCGUCGCUGAAGCCGGACGAGGAAGAGGUGGCCACCCCGCCGCCGCCGUAUUCGGCGAACGCCAACGAGGAGGAGCUCUCCAUCCCCGUCCGGACGCCGUCCGAGCUGCCGACUACGGACAAGAUUGACAUAGACCUACGCUGGACCGUCUUGUGCGAUCUAUUCCUCGUACUUAUUGCCGAUUCCGUCUACGAUGCGAGGUCCCGAGUCUUGCUGGAAAAAGUGGGCAAAGCCCUCGAGAUCCCCUGGCUGGACAUCUAUCGCUUUGAGAAGAAGGUCACGGACGCACUGGAGAUGCAGCAGAAUGCCGAGAAGGAGAACUGGAACGAGGAGCAGCACAUGGAGAACCGCAGGAAGAUGGCCCUCAAGCGGCGGUACGUGAUGAUGGGUCUUGCCACUGUGGGUGGCGGCCUGGUCAUCGGGUUGUCCGCCGGCCUCCUGGCCCCCGUCAUUGGAGCCGGUCUGGCCGCAGGUUUCACGACCAUCGGCGUGACGGGAACGAGCGGGUUCCUCGCUGGCGCUGGCGGGGCGGCGAUCAUCACGUCGAGUGCUGCCGCUUCCGGGAGCGCCAUCGGUGUUCGAGCUGCGAAUCGGAGGACAGGGGCAGUCAAGACAUUCGAAUACCGGCCGCUGCACAACAACAAACGGGUGAACCUGAUCGUCACCGUAUCAGGCUGGAUGGCUGGCAAGGUCGAUGAUGUACGCUUGCCGUAUAGUACGGUGGACCCAGUCAUGGGAGACAUCUAUUCCGUCCUGUGGGAGCCUGAGAUGUUGACAAGUAUGGGUGAUACCAUCAAUAUCCUGGCAACUGAGGCACUCACUCAGGGGCUACAGCAGCUCCUCGGAAGCACCAUCCUCGUCUCACUCAUGGCUGCUCUCCAGCUUCCCGUGGUUCUCACAAAGCUCUCCUACCUCAUUGACAAUCCCUGGGUCGUGUCGCUCGACCGCGCGACGGCGGCAGGCCUCAUCCUAGCGGACUCCCUCAUCGAUCGCAAUCUAGGCACCCGCCCUAUUACCCUGGUUGGCUAUUCGCUCGGCAGCCGUGUCAUCUUCUCCUGCCUGCAGGAGCUCGCUCGCAGGGGCGCAUUCGGCCUAGUCCAGAACGUCUACCUGUUCGGGAGCCCCGUCGUCGUCAAGCAGGACGAGUACAUCCGCGCCCGGGCCGUUGUCAGCGGCCGCUUCGUCAACGGCUACCACCGCAACGACUGGAUCCUCGGCUACCUAUUCCGGCUGACGAACGGGGGCAUCCGGCGUAUCGCGGGCCUCGCCGCCAUCGAGGGGAUCCACGGGCUGGAGAACGUCGACCUGACGGACGCGGUCAAGGGCCACAUGGAGUACCGGACGGCGAUGCCGCGCCUGCUGCGCGAGCGCGGCUGGCUCGUCGAGAGCGACGAGUUCACCGAGAUCGAGGACCCGGACCCGGAGAACCACGCCGAGAGGCAGCGCGAGCUCAUCAACGAGAUCGAGGAGGCCCGGAAGGAGCUCGAGAAGGAAGGUAAGGGCACCAAGGGCGCGUUCGGCUUCUUCAGCCGGAGGAAGAAGGGCCGGAGGCAGGAGUGGGAGGUGUACGAGGACUCGGCCAAGGGCGGCGGCGCGCCGGGCGCCAACGGGAAGACGGAGGACACGGACGGCAACAACCACGGCGUGCUGUUCGACGUCGACGCCAUCCGCGCCGAGCUGGCCAAGGAGCAGCAGCAGUCGGGCGGCGGGAUCGACCCCAUGGACGCAGAGCUGCUGCAGGUCCGCGAGAUCAAGAGCACCCUGCCCCCGAUGAGGCUGGAUCUCGGCCCGCCGCCCGCCAGCCCCCCCGGCCUAACCCCGCCGCCCUCCUCCGCCAGGCGCCCGCGCGACUCGCUGAGGGAGACGAAGAGCGCAGAGGCGAUGCCCUACAGGCCGUCGCACGAGUAUCGCUCGUCCCAGGAUUACCGCUCCUCCCACGAGUACCGCGUCUCGGGAGAUCGCCCCGCGGUGAGCCCGUCCACGGCGAGCCCGUCCACGGGGAGGUCGAGUGCCGCGAACGGGCACUAUCACCCGCCCGAGCCCGAGCCCGCGACCGGCCACCACGGCGCCGGCAACCUUGAUGGCGACGGCAUCCAGAUGACGUUCGACACGUCGUUUGUGGAGACGGAGACGGAGCUGCCGCCGCCUCCGCCGCCGCCGCCCAAGGAUCGCCACCCCAGCGGUAUGGUCUCCUCCGAGCAAGCCGCCACCGCCACCACCGCGCUGGUGAGGCCGGAGAUGAGGGGGGCGUCGCAGACGGUGCCCAACAUCACGCUGUCAGAUCCCUGGGCCGAGGACGACGCGGAGUUCGGCAAGGAGAAGGAGAUCUCCAUGACCUUUGCAUAGCCAGCCGGGCAAGUUGGCAGGGGAGCGGAUGACCUGGUUAGGAUCUGUCGUAUUGCGACAAUGAUCGAUAUCGGAGCAUGGUGAAGCUGUGCCUUUGGGGAAUGCACCGAGUUUCUCCGGGAAUGGCUUUACGCCAGAGAACACUUUUAGGAUUUCUUUCUCUAUCUCUUUUUUUUUUAUUUAUUUUUUUACUGUUGA